UUGCGACAAACAACUUGCAUCAGCAUCAACAGAAAGCAAUGAAAAUUUGCUGCAAAACAAAUUCAAAUACAUAUGCGAUAGUGGAGUGCAAAAGAAAUAAACCAAAAAUGAAAGGUCGACAAAAGCGACGAAAGUGGGAUUAUGAUGAGGAAGAGCGUUUUUUGGAAGUGUGGAAACGGUACUUAACGGAGCUGCGUGGUGAACGCAAACACGCACAUGUUUAUAGGGAUAUGGCAGCCGAGUUCCAAGACCUUGGCAUUGAAGUUAAAUUGGCUGAAAUCAAGCCGAAAAUGGAGUCCUUGAAACGAAAAUUUAAAACUGAACGCGAUGCAGAAAAGCCCUCAAGGUGGGAGUUCUACGAGCAGAUGGCGGAAAUUGUAGGACCUUUGGAGGCUGUUAAGUUUGAAGCCUUUUCUGAUGAGCCCUCUAUUUCGAGUUCAGCACGUAGUCUUGAUUCAGACUAUUUUGAAGAAGGUUCAACAAAACGGCACACGGAAGCCGUUAACAAAUCAACCUCGAAUGUCGGCCUUGUUACUUCAACGGAAGAAAUUUGUAAAAGUAACGGAACAUUGGAAGACUUUGAAGAACUGUAUGAUGAUGAAAGCACAAGUGAUGAGCCGCCUGUAAAGAAAAUUAAGAAGGAACAGCGUAAAGAUACAAUCGAUUCCAACAAAGCAAUAAAUCAGUAUGAAGAUGAGAAACCAGACACGCAUACAAGGGGACCAGAUAAGGAGACCUUUGGUGAACUUGUGACAAAAGAGCUGGAGAUGCUGGACACUGACUUGUUAAUUCUUGCAAAAAGAAAAAUUUAUUCUAUAAUUUGCGAUAUACAGAUUGCACAGCUCCAACGCAAUGAGGGAUAGAAAACAAAUUUCAAACGUUUCAUAUUUUAUGAAAACGAAAAAAUAAUAAAACCAAUCUUAAUUUUUUAUUUUUGAAACAUAGAAAACAGUACUUUGGCGAGUUUAAGCGUUGGAAGUUAUAUAAAGCAAAUACUUAAUCGCCAAUUUUUUUAAAAUUAGGAUGUACUGAUAUUUCUAAAUUGUCUUAAG